AUGCUUCGUCAGUGUUUGUUCGGGGUGGGUCGGCUCCUCUCUGGUGAGCAAGGCCUCAAAAAUGCCUCUCGUUUCCUCGCUCGAGGUAUACACGCACGAGCAGCACACGCACUGCCUGUUACGCGAGCUAGCACUCCCGGUGCUACGUUGGUACAGCGAGACCCUUUUCGCAGACUGGACUGCAUAGAUCUCGGAAAACUGCAGGUUCGAAGGCUCCAAAGUGAGUCAUCGAGGGCAGUUGGACGCGCCGAAAGCGCCACCGCAGUGCUCGGUGCGGAAAGUCCGAAGUCGACUGGGCCUGGUACAACCACUGUCGACUCGGAGGCCACAGCGAAAAUUGCUGAUGAUCUCCGGGCCUCUUCAAAUGCUGCGUCGACGGACCUUGCAUCUGAAGCAGCGGAAGCCGCACUCUCAGCUGAAAGGAACUGGUACGAUCCAGUCGUUCAAGGCAUCAUAAUGUUCCAGGAGUACACCGAUCUUCCCUGGUGGGCCACAGUAGCUGCCGUGACCGUCCUCGCUCGCAUACUCGUGCUACCUCUAACGCUGAAUACGUUCCGAAACGCUGCUCGAAUGCAGAGUAUCAAACCAGAUGUUGAUGCAAUCAAAGAGCGGAUGCAGGCUGCCAUGCACAGUGGUGACCAGCAGCGAAUCCGUGCCCUUCAACAACAAGUCUUUAGGCUCUUGCGGGAGAACCAGAUAUCUCCUCUACGUAGCCUGGUGAAUCCUCUGGUGCAGAUGCCGCUUUUUAUCUCAUUCUUUCUGGGACUUCGGAAAAUAGCUAAGAUCUACCCAGAUGAGCUACGGAAUGGCGGUCUGGGAUGGUUCCGAGACCUCUCCCUGCCGGAUCCCUUCUAUGGACUGCCGGCGCUGACCAGUGCCACCAUGCUAUUCAUGAUUCAAAUGGGCACGGAGACUGGCGGAGCCCAGCUGCCUCCUUUUGCGCUGAAUUUGAUGCGAAUCUUCGCUCUGAUCCUACUACCGCUGACUGCACAGUUUCCUGCCAUUCUUUUUUGCUACUGGUUACCGAACAACCUCUUCUCCAUGCUCCAGGCGUUUGCGCUUCGACACCAGAGAGUUCGUAGAUGGCUCGGAUGUCCGCCACUUGGAGCGAGGUCCGCAGCCGCGACAGCCGGCGCGCACACCAAUAGGGAUGCCAUGCCCGACGCCAAAACUGCUGCUAUACGCUCCUAUCUCAGGUCUAGCGACGCCAACGCGCCCGUGGAUGCCACCCGGAUGAAGAUAUUGGAGAGCCCUCCGCAGCGUUCAGCCAAGGCGCGUUGA